UUCCAUAUUCUAUUCUCAUAAAACCCUAAACCCCGAAUUGCAGUGUGUAGGGUUUCCGUUUCCAUAUUCUCACCACACCAUGUUAACCGCAAUCCUCAGAAGAACCUGUUCCACUCUCUCAAGGCGCGGUUUCCCCGCUGCCUUAAUCUCCGCCUCCACCGCCGGAAACCACUUCCGGCCACCCUCCGCGGCCUUUAUUUCCAGAACCUUCCACUCCAACACUGGCCCCUUGAAUUUCCGCUCCUCUUCAUGUCACCGCGCAGAAUACGCCGUCGACGAUUUCCCUUACGAAGAAGGCUCCAAAGGGAACGCCGCCGACGAAGGCCUCGAGAUCGCGAAGCUCGGAAUUUCUGAGGAUAUUGUCUCCGCUUUGGCCAAGAAAGGCAUCACCAAGCUCUUCCCCAUUCAGAGGGCUGUGUUGGAACCUGCUAUGCAAGGUCGUGAUAUGAUUGGUCGAGCUAGAACUGGAACUGGGAAGACUCUUGCUUUUGGGAUACCCAUCAUGGAUAAGAUCAUUCAGUUUAAUGCUAAGCAUGGGCGGGGGAGGGAUCCUUUGGCUUUGGUUUUGGCUCCGACCAGAGAGCUUGCUCGACAGGUUGAAACGGAGUUCUGUGAGUCGGCACCUAAUUUGGAUACAAUUUGUGUUUAUGGGGGUACACCCAUCUCUCGGCAGAUGAGGGAACUUGAUUAUGGGGUUGAUAUUGCUGUGGGAACACCUGGUCGGAUUAUUGACCUUCUCAACAGAGGUGCUCUAAAUUUGAAGGAUGUUCAGUUUGUUGUUCUUGAUGAAGCUGAUCAGAUGCUUCAGGUGGGCUUUCAGGAAGACGUGGAGAAGAUCUUGGAGAGGUUGCCCCCAAAACGUCAGACUCUUAUGUUCUCUGCAACAAUGCCAUCUUGGAUAAAGCAGAUUUCGCGCAAUUACCUGAAUAAUCCCCUGACCAUUGAUCUUGUUGGAGAUUCUGAUCAGAAGUUGGCAGAUGGAAUUUCACUGUACUCCAUUGCAACUGAUUUGUAUGUUAAAGCGGGAAUUCUUGCUCCUCUAAUAACGGAACAUGCAAAAGGAGGAAAGUGCAUUGUUUUCACUCAAACAAAACGUGAUGCUGAUCGAUUAUCAUAUACCAUGGCAAGAAGUGUUAAAUGUGAGGCUUUGCAUGGAGACAUAUCACAAGCUCAGAGGGAGAAAACUCUUGCUGGCUUCAGAAAUGGCCAUUUCAAUGUUUUAGUGGCAACUGAUGUUGCCUCACGUGGGCUUGAUAUACCAAAUGUUGAUCUUGUAAUACAUUAUGAUCUUCCCAACAAUUCAGAGAUAUUUGUUCAUCGUUCUGGACGAACAGGUCGUGCUGGUAAGAAAGGAACUGCUAUUCUUGUGUAUACAGAAGAUCAAUCGAGGGCUGUUAAGCUUAUUGAGCGUGAUGUGGGCAGUAGAUUUACAGAGCUACCACGUAUUGCUGUUGAUAGUGCAUCAGUGGACAUGGUUGGUGGCAUGGGUGGUGGGCGAUUUGGUUCUUUCGGAGGUACCAGGGAUCGUCGAUAUGGUGAUACGGGUUUUGGAUCUGGCCGUUCUGGGGGCUACAGUAACCCUGGUUCUGGCCGCUCUAGCUUUGGAAAUUCUGGUGAAAGGUUUGGUGGACAGAAUUAUAAUCGUUUUGGUUCUGGUAAUUCAUCUGGUGAAAUGAAUAGAUAUGGUGGACCAAGCUCUGGUCGUUUUGGAUCAUCUGGUGGCUAUGGUUCAGGUCAAUCAGGAAGUAGAUCAGGUGGAUCAUCCAGUGGGUCUAGGUUUAGUCGCUCGGAUGAUUUUGGGGGAUUUGGUGGUUCAGAUCGCUCAGGUGGUUUUGGAGAUUUUGGCUCAGGUGAGCCUAGUGGCUUUGGUGGUUCUCGUGGUAGUAAUCAGAACAAUAGAAGACCUUUUUAACUUAAUUAACAUAUAUAUAAAAAAAUGCACCAUCCUUAUUUAUGGUGGCUUAGUUCUUGUAGAGUUUGCUUCUGUCAUUUCCUCUAAAACUUAUAGGUUUCUUGGCUAAUCCUUGUAUUACUAAGGAUUUUAGAAGACAAAAGUUCUACGGCCAUUGGAUUUUUCUUUUCUUUUCUGGGACUUUUGGCCCAGUCUCAGCUGUGUAUUGUUCUUUUUGAAACUUUUAUAAAAAAAGAAAAAAGGGAGGGCUGUAUUCUGCGGCUUCCAUCAUCUGCCAUGGCACAUUACUUGUCUCUAUGGGCAUUACAUCAGCACGGAUAGUUUUAAAGAGGCAGCUGUAUUUAUAUUUAUGUUCCUUACAGUAGUAGUAGUUAAGGGAAGAUCAAAUGUCUUGGUAACCUGUAGUGUAGGGUGCUUUGCUGUUUUACUUUAUACUAAAAAUCUAUUAUGCAAGAAAAUUCUCAUCCAAUAUGUAAUUUUGGUUAUCAA